ACCUCACAAUCUUGAGCCACAAGCACAUCUUUUAGGAGGGAAUCCUAUCCCACAAUGAACUGACCUCAAAAGGCUUUAGUUAAUAAGGAAGAAACACUGAAGCCUCUAGAACACGGCAGAGAAACUAAAUCUAAAGGAGCUCUGAGAAUCAUUCAGUUGUCAGUCCUAAACACUGCUUCUGUACUGGGAAUGAUGCUAAUGUGGAGUUUUAAGAUCAUGAAGGAGAGGCAACUCCUCUGGGCAACCUUCUAUGUUUUGUGCUUGUUUGAAACUCCAGUCUCUGGUGUGGAAAGUGUUUCAAGUAGUAUUUCUCCAAAUACUACCAUUAUUACUGAGAAGUUGACGACAAUCAUUGCUCCUAGUUCUGCUUCUACAAUUACCCCUUUAAGCUCUACUGUUAUAUCACUAAAAGAGACAUCAAGUAAUGCUACCAAACCAGAGACAUUUGCCCCCAGCAUACCCACAACAAAUGUAAUUUCACCAAAUACAACAGCUACGUCGGUUACUACACAGUGGAAUGCAAUAUUGACUACUAACAAUGAGACAACAACUCAAAAUUUAAGCUCAACAUCACUUUUAACAAAUGAACCUACUAAGCCAACAACAGAUAAUUCUACUGUUUUUCUUAAUACAGCCAUGACUGAGAACAACAAUCUGAUGUUCAAUAUCACAUGUAUGAAAAUCAAGCAGCUGUCUCCUGCCACUGAAGUGGUAUGCUUGGAACUCCAUGAAGUCCAAUCUUGUGAAAACUUUAAAAGAAACAAAGGGGAGGGAUUGAGCAAAUUGGUUUGUAAAAAAAAAGAAGUGCCAUGCCAUAUUGAACUGGCCAACUCUGAUAUGAAUCACCACUGCAUGUUGUUGCUUGCAGUUAACAAUACAGAAAAUAUACGUGCGGACGCAUUGUGUGUCUUUCUGGAUGGCAAGAAACCAGAUUUGAAAGCGCUUGGGAUAAAAUCCCACAAGCAGGAACGCACUGAGAUUCACCAGGUCCAUUCUCGGGGGACACUUAUUGCCUUAGUCACCACCGGCCUGCUGUUGGCAUUUUUGGGAUUAGCUGGAUAUUAUCUUAUGAGACGACGAAGCUGGAGUCCCAUGGGAGAGAGGCUGGGUGAAGAUCCUUAUUACAUCGAAAAUGACAGCCAUGGCAACCCUGAGAUCCCUGUGGCCUCUCAAGAGCAGCCUGACCUGCAGGAUAAACCAAAUCUCAAUGGAGGGGCUCGGGAAAAUGGAACUGGCCAGCCAUCCUCAAAAAAUGGACACCAAACAAAGCCCCAGGUUGUGGCUGAUACAGAACUGUGAAAAUGCUGUGACCUUCUUAAUGCAGCUGGAAAAGCUCAAAGAGGAGCUACAAAGAGGAGCUAGGAGUAAAAAUUCCUAAAUGAAAUUAUAAUAUCUUUUUUUUAAGCGUUAACAUUAGUUUUUCAGGGCUGACGCAGCAUUUGUGUAUGGAAAUUGUAAAAUUAGCAAACUGCUUCAAUGGGAUUGGGUAUGUUCUUAAUAAAUGUGGACUAAAUGUGGGGUUAUUUUAUUUUUCUACUUUUAAAUGUGAUAUCCUUCACAAUAGUUCAUCCAGGGAGACACAAGGCAUGUUUCCUAGAUUUUUCACUUAUUUGAGAGUUGUUUAAUAUCUAUCUGAUGCUGUUUAGAGUAAGAAAGGGCAUUUUCACUUUUUUAAAAUGUAAAUUUAAUUUAAUUUUAAAAUACAACAGAGAUGUAACAACUACAGCUCCAGAAUAGUAUGCAGCUGAACGUCCCUAGAAUUUGGUAAUCACCAGCCUUUCUCAUACCCAUCUAAGACUGUCUUUUUUACCUUUCUGCACUUAGGGCAGGCUAUGCUGCAAUUUGUACAUAAUAUAAGAUGAUUGUAACUCUGCAACUCAUCAAAAGCCUUUUGAAAUAUAAUUGAGGCUGUUCUUAAACAACACAAAAUAAACUGUUCACCAGAUUUGCUUAAUUCGAAAGAACUGAGUACAUUUUCAAUUUAAAAGAAAUAGGAAAAGUUAGGAGACUUUUAUAACAUGAAAAUGCAGUAUAGUAGGCAAUUGAGCUAAUUUCAAAUGAUCUGUCUCUUUCAAACUUUGUUUUCAUUGUCCAUAUACUGUACAUAAGAACAAGCAAGCAACUUUUUUCCCCUACACAGUACUUUCUAGAUGCUUCUGGGACUCUUACUAGAACUCAUAGCAAGUACAUCCUUUGAAUUCCAAAAGUCACUGAUUUUUUUUUAACAUAAAGGAAAUAAAUUUGAAGUGUUAUUCUUAAUCCAGAUACAGUUAAUUAAAUUGAAAUCAAGAGUGGCAUUAGUUGCAGUUGCAGUUACAGUAAGUAGAGUUACAUAUUUCUGAGCCUGGAAUCCUAUUUUAACAUCUUGGGGUUUGAAUACAAUGCAGUUUACUUCUAAAUUGAUAUUUAUGUCAUAGUUUUGCCUUUGAAUCUAAUUUUCAAGCAAAACAUCUGAGAGUCUAUAAAUGAAAAUGAAAAUGCAAAUAUAUCUAUAUUUAAGUGGUAUGCUUAAAUUUGUAUAAGAUAACAUUAGUCAUGCUUUAAUUUAGCCUAUAUUUUAGACUAAAUUAAAUAUUCUAACCCUCUUUUCUUGCCCCAAAUAUUUUUCUCCAUUGCCUUCCUAACCGUCAGUGCCCAUCCUAAAACGUAUUGAUUAUUUAAUGUGUUGUUUGAAAAUAGAAU